ACAUGCUCAUGUUGUGACUCCAGCCCCAGCACACAAUGGGGAUCUAUUUCUGUAAAGCACUAGGGUUAUCUCUCCACUUACACUGAGCUCUCUCUCCCUCCAUCUCUUUAUCUACCCACUUGCGCAAAUCAUGGCGGACAGGAACAGCCGGCUGAGUGUUAAGAAGAAAGAGAAGAAGGUGGAAAACAAAACAAGCGAAGAGAAGGAUAAAGAAAAAGAAAAGGGGAAGGAGAAAACUGUAAAAAAGCCUGACAAAGUUGUGAAGAAGCCAGCGGCAGACCCUAAGACAGAUGAGGAGAAGAGGAAUGGGGAAAAUGGAGGGGCAACAGGAGAAGAAGCAAAGAACAGUGAAGAGAACGGAGAGUUUCAGCCUAUUGAACUGCCACCGUUUGAGAUUGUCACAGGGGAGCAGAUGAGCCCGUUCUACUUCAAGUUUCAGUUCAGGAACGUUGAGUACUCAUCGGGGAGGAACAAGACCCUGCUGUGCUUUCGAGUGGAUACACCAGGAGGCACCAGCGAGCCUCUGAAAGGUUAUAUGGAGGAUGAACAUGCCACAGCACAUGCUGAAGAAGCCUUCUUUCAACAAGUGCUGCCAAACUCUUCCCAAGAGUAUGAGGUCACAUGGUAUGUGUCAUCCAGUCCCUGUGCAGCUUGUGCAGCCAAGUUGGCCACCAUCCUCAAGCAGCGUAAAAAGGUCCGUCUAUGCAUCUUCUGCUCCCGUCUCUUUGAGUGGGAGCAGCCAGAGAUAGUGGAAGGGCUCCGGGGUCUGGUAAGCGCUGGCUGCAAACUGAGGAUGAUGAAGCCGGCUGACUUCCUACAUGUUUGGGAGAUAUACGUUGAAAAGGAGGACCAGAGCUUUACACCCUGGGAGGAUUGCCAGGAGAACUACAACUACUAUGUGGAGAAACUGGCUGAUAUCCUCAAGUAGAGGUGCAACAGUGGAUAUGAUGGACAGAUCUCACCAUCGACUGAACCACCAAUCCACCUUAUUGUCACUUUAGCACUGAGCAUGUGCUCGCUGCAGCCCAAACAGUCGAAUGGUGCAGAUCAGCAUUAGUUUGAAUGAACACUCAUGACAGCAUUUUGUAUUUUUUAUUUUGAUAAAUUCAAACAGAGACACUAAAUGCUUGAAUGUCAUUUCAGUGGCCUAACUAUAGUUAAAUAACAAACAAUAGAUGACACAAUUUUGCAGAAGAGUGACUAAUAUUUACAGACGUCUGGUGUUUGUUCAAAGUAUCAAAUGAUGUACUAAAGGUUUAUUGCUAAGUCUUCAUACAUCUCAACACAUAUUCACAGGGCACACAGUAUCUGAACGCUAUUGAUUUUUUUAUUGCAUAAAUAUUAUUUUAUAUUUUAACAGUACCUUUGAAUGCAAUUUUAAUCAUAAAAUGUGUGUUAAAUAUUUACAGUUCACAACAGUACUGCAAUACGAAGUUCUACUCAGUGCAGACAAAAAUCUUUACACCUGCAUAUGGCAGGUGUAAAGUGAUACAACGUGUCAAAAGACUUUUAAAGAAACAAAAAACAACCCACAUAUCACAAAGUUUCUAACAAGACAUCAAUACAUGAACUAUAAAGAAAAAAAUGCCUGUAAAAUCCCAUUCCUGCUCAUAUUGUGCUAAUAAACAACAUGUGAAAAAAUAACUACUUCCUUGAGUUCUUUUACAUAACUGUCAUAUUUUCUCCUUGUUAAGAAAUGACAAAAGCUAUUCAUUGAUCAAUCAAUGUCAAUCUUUUGCAAUGAGCUAUCAGCAUUAGUUAGCCAGCAAGGUAGCUGGCAACAGCAUGGUGUGUCAGUGUGUCAUCUUCUUCUCCAACAUUCAAAUUAAAUCCUUCCAGAGGUUGUAUUUACUCUCCUAUCCAAGGAUACAGAUGCCAAAUAUACAAAAUUUGUCUGUAAUCUACAUAUAAGACUUUGAGACCAACACCUACAUAGUUAACCUAAAAAUGCUGGCAUAGAGGUCAAAGCACAGCUGAAGCAAAAAGACAGACCAGUUCGAACUGAGUUCAAGAAAAUGAGUCUAACAUGCCAGGAAUUAUGGACCUCACGACAAGACAUCACAUUAGGUCCCACCACCACAGCCUAAACCAACGCUUCACACUUGCAUUUUUAAACAUCUGUUAUUUAAGACUACAAAAAUGUUUUAUAACUUCUGCAGAAAUAAUGCCAUUCUUUUUGUACAGUGUAGACAUUGUGUAGAAGUUUGUGUGCAGUUUUUGAUGACUGAAAAAUAAAAAAUAAAAAGUGCAACUGUUACAAGGAGGCUAAAUACAGUGGCCAGUGAGUUAUGCAUAAGAAUUAAAACAUCUCCUAAUACUUGCACUGCAACAUAGGAAGUUAUGGGUGCAUAUGAGUGCCUAUUCAGCAUUCCUAUCAAACUGGACAAAUGGCUCCAUCUUGUGACCGGAGGUGUCAAAAACUGGCAUCACAUGCCGUCUGGGUUUAUUUAACCAUUUCAAAUUAUUUUGGCUCUUAGCUCUCAAACCAUUGUUAAUACAUAAGUGAAUGUGUGAAGAAUCGUUUUUAAUCUGGUUAUAUUUGAUUAGAAUUCUAUCAAAGUGUAUGAUUCUGGUAUUGAGUUAGUUUAGCUGCAUUAAAAACAAGAGCAGACCAUAUUUUAACCAAGAGUAAAGAAAGUAGUCUUUUAUGGUGAUAAGAUAAUAAUCAGAGGUGGAUUAAAAGACUCAUACUCAAGUAAAAGUGCAGUUACUCUGGUUAGAAUUUAUGUAAGUAAAAAUAAAAGCACUGGUCUAUGAUUCUGCUCAAGUAAAGGUAAAAAGUAUUUAAGUUUAAGUACACAGUAGCUACUAAGGAGCUAUACAAUUUAUAAUCUUAUUGUUCAGCUAAAGUCACACCUUUAUAAUAAAGUAGAAUACACUGCAAAAUUGACAGUGUUAACUAAACUCAUAUAGAUUCAAAUUCAAAACUUUAAGUGUCUAUAUUGGUCCAAACUUAAUAGAUAAACUACACUUUGGAAAGUGUUAAUUAUUUUACAAUAUGACAGAGCUGCAGUAACUCUUGAAAACUUGUGGUGAGGUGGGUCUCCUCUGGCAAGUAAAAAGCAGAGAGUUAACCUAAUAGCAACACAGUUCAUACUGAUGAAUAAUAGUAAACAUACAUCCCUUAGGGGCACGUAAAGUCCCAGCUGGGACUCUAACUCAGUGGAUAACUUUACCCACAGUGCAAAUGUGUCUUACAUCAAAAAUAACAAUCAUCAGCAGUCAUCAGUUUGAUGUGGAAUCAUUCUCUUGCUAUGUGCUACUGUGUAGUCAACAGAGGGGGAACAAGUAUAGUAAAGGUAAAGGUACAGAAAACUUAGGUAGAAGUAAAAAUACUGAUUUCAAAAUGUACUCAAAAAGUACAAGUGCACAAAAAACCCCACUUAAUUACAGUAAUUUAAGUAAAUGUAAUUAGUCGCUUUUCACCCCUGUUAAUAAUUUAGCAUAGAAAAAAUUAACCAUUAUAUUUUUAAGACCCCUGUCAGCCAUUGGCUAUAAGAAUUAUACUAAUGUUUCUCUCCCAUACAACACCCCUGCUUACAUGGUUUAAUGGACACUUUUAAAAGCCCAGGCUUUGCUUUAUUUUACCUUUAGGCCAAACUUUUUUCAGCUCCACAAUGGAAAGCAUUGGACUAUAAUGAUCCCUUGAAUUAUUAUACUUCCAAAGAUGUGGUUUCAAGUGCACAAUAUACAAUGUUGGAUUUUUGCCGAUUUCAGAUAUGCUGAUAUUAACAAUUUAUUUUGAUGACGAAAUUCAAACAUAGUUUAGACCUAAAACUUCAGUCCUAAAAAUAUGCAAUUUAAAUUUUGAGGAUGAACAAAUUCAUAAAUUUCAGUCCUUUAAACACCUUUUUAAAGUGUUAGGAUUGACAAUGAAUAAAGAAAAAGACCAGCUGAAGUAGGUCUGUUGGUCCAGCCUAAAACUUCACCUACUCAUUUGUAUAUUCAUCCAAUAUUUACAGCUGAUAUAGGUAGACUUUUGUGACCAUGAUGUCAGUUGUAAAUAUUAGAAAUUUUCAUAUCUACAGAUACUUUUUAAGCUAAUAUCUGUUGAUACUGAUAUCGUAACAAUAACACCAUGCACCC